AUGGCGAUGAUGAUGACUGGCCGUGUGCUGCUGGUGUGUGCCCUCUGCGUGCUGUGGUGCGUUGCCGGCGGUGUUUAUGCGAGGGACGUUGACACCAACGCACUGGGUGGCUGCAUGGCGUCGGGAGUGUUGGGUGAGAAUGGAUCCCACAUGCCUGACGGAUGUAAUAAAACUGCGAUUACGGUGCCCUUGCGGUCAAUGCUGCCCAUUGCUGCCGUUGAAGCUUCGGCUGGAGAAGGUGGUUCUGCUGGUGGUAGACAGAACAGUUCGAAUUCAAGGGAGACUUCCGACGCUGGUGCUAAUGGUUCCGCUGGUGGUUCUCCUGGUGGUGGUCCUGCUGGUGGACCUGGUGGUUCUGGCUCUCCUGCUGGAGGUUCUGGUGCCGAGGCCCCUGCUUCUGCUGCCGGUGGAAGCGGUGGAGGCGAUGGUUCUGGAGGAAGCGGUGGAACUCCUACUGGAGGUCGUGGCACCGGUGGCAUUCCUUCUGGUCCUGCUUCCGGUGCUCCUCCUCCUGCUCCUCCUCUCGCUCCUGCUGCUGUUGUUGCUACUCCAGCUAGCGGCAGUGGUGGUACAGCGGGGUCCUCGGGCACUAAUUCAUCUAACACAACAGGGGACUCUUCAACAGGAGAUCAGACGCCUGCUGCAGCAGCGGCUAACGACACCUCGCCACCCGAAGGACCGGCAGCGACGACAUCCGACACUGGACUCAAAGGACAGGAAAAAGAAGAAGAAGAAGAAGAUCAUGAAAAGCAGCAGCAAAGUGAUGAAACACAAGUCCAACAACAUCAACCGCAUGGAUAUUCCACGGACGAUGGCGAAGAAUCCGCGAAAGAUAAAAACGCCCUUCGUACAAAUGCCACCGCAAAUACAGGCGACAGUGACGGCAGCACCGCGGUCUCCCACACCACCUCCCCUCUUUUGCUUCUUCUUCUUGUUGUUGCGUGUGUGGCUGCUACUGCGGUGGUGGCCGCGUGA